AGCAGGGCGGGUGACAUCAUGGACUAGGGAACAGUGAGCAGCCAGUGAAGCAUCCAGCCUGCCGAGCAAGCUUUGCUUUUUAGGGUCAGGAACUGGUCUGACAAGAGAAUGGCAAUCCUGCCUUUAAACUGUCACUAGUGCUGCUGACGAUGAACCCUCCGCAGCUCCGGGCCCAAAGGCGAAACCCCGAGCAAGAGAAUGUGAAGACAUAUUUCAGGACAUUGUGAGUGCCACUAAAGAUGUCUGAUAGUGCUGAUAUUGAAGAGAAACCACCAGCCCCCCCCUUGAGAAUGAACAGUAGUUCCCGAGACUCUUCCUUGUUGAAUCACGCCUCUAAACCGCUUCCAAUGGCUCCUGAAGAGAAAAACAAGAAGGUCCGCCUGCGCUCCAUCUUCCCCGGGGGAGAUAAGACAAACAAGAAGAAGGAGAAGGAGCGUCCUGAGAUAUCCCUCCCCUCGGACUUUGAACACACCAUCCAUGUCGGCUUUGAUGCUGUAACGGGAGAAUUCACAGGUAUCCCGGAGCAGUGGGCGCGGCUCCUACAGACCUCCAACAUCACCAAGCUGGAGCAGAAGAAGAAUCCACAGGCCGUGCUGGACGUCCUGAAGUUCUACGACUCCAAAGAGACCGUCAACAACCAGAAAUACAUGAGCUUCACCUCCGGAGACAAGUCGGCACAAGGGUACAUAGCCGCAAACACUCUGAACCGGCUGCUGUCAUCUGGGCCUCCUGUCAGCCUUAGAACCUGCAGCGCAUUAUUUGACAAGGGUGCCAAAACAUCAUCGUCAGAGCCCCCGAUCGCUCCACCUGUAUCCGAAGAGGAGGAUGAGGAAGAGGAAGAAGAAGAGGAGGAGGAAGAGGAGGAAGACGACGAGGACGAAUUGCCCCCCGUCAUCGCACCUCGGCCCGAACACACCAAAUCUAUCUACACGCGCUCCGUCGUUGACCCACCAAAGCCUCCCACCCCCGUGACAGAGGUGGUGACUCCACCGGAGUCACAGGUCCAGCCGGACAACACGUCCAACACGAUGUACCGCAACACUGACCGCCAGAGGAAGAAGUCCAAAAUGACCGACGAGGAGAUUCUGGAGAGACUCAGGAGUAUUGUGAGCGUGGGGGAUCCCAAGAAGAAGUACACACGCUUCGAGAAAAUAGGACAGGCAUUCCUUCCUCAAGCUGGCGAAGCCUCUAUCCAGCCUGACGCCUCUGAUUGUAGCUGCGAAGGAAGCCAUAAAGAACAGGCAGUCGCUAGGGCGUGGCCUCUGUCCGCACCCAAGGCUGGAGCCCCGUCUGUGUUGUGUCCGUUCAUGGGGGCAGGGACCUGGGGUGUGUGGGAGGUGGUGGGUGACCCGAUAG